AUUGACUUAAUUAGGUGAGAGAGAGAGAAAGAUGGGGGGGUAAUGGAACAUGAGAGAAACUUGAAUCCGAUCCAAAGGAAUUUUGGCGUCCGCAGUAUAAAACCCCUCGUCACUCAUUUCUAUUCAUUUUCUCUCUCCUCUCUCUCUCUCUCUCUCUCUCACUCUCUAGAGUUAGCUGAAUAACAACCGUCUCUCUCUCUCUAGUGUUUGCUUGGAAGAUUUUGAGGAGACUUUUUUGACAGUUAUCUAUCCAAAAAUAAGGAAAAAGAAUUCACUGUAAAGCAUAUCCGUGUUCUGUACACUUUGAUUUGGAGGGUUUCGUGGGUUGUCGAAUUCCAUUUGAUUCAUGCUUAUUAAGAUAAAAGAAACAAGAAAUGAAUAGGGGACGAUUGCAUUAACUCUAACUUCAAAGACAUGGAUUUGAGAGAUUCCGGAGUUGAAUCUUGCUUUGCUUUGGGUGAGCAAUAGGAGAUACUCAAAGAUUCCGACUUGAGGAUGUUCAAUCAUAAAGUUAGACUUUUUCAUUUCCCAGAAUUUGCUUUUCAACUUGAAACCUCCAUACCCUCAUACUUGAGGCUUAUCCUGUGGUGGAUAUUCUCAAUUACCAUUUUAGGAAUUAAGUCUAAUAUCGGUGGGUUGUGUGAAUAAACUAUCACCCUACUACUGUAUCAUAUAUCUUGUAGGUUGAAGUCUUGUCCACAGUUUUGGAGUGUUUUUAAUUUAAUGUUGUCAUAUGUAUUUCUAGUGCUGUAGACUAGAUUGUGUCUCUUUCAACUUCAAAUGGUACCCCAAGGGCCUCCCAUUCCAGUUGGGGGAACCCAGCCAGUGCCACCAUCUCUAUUGAGGUCAAAUUCUGGGUUGUUAGGGGGGCAAGGAGGUGGGAUGACUUCACAGAAUGCAUUUCCACCUUUGGUUUCGCCUCGAAAUCAGUUUAGUAACUUGAAUGCGCUGGGAAAUGUUCCUAAUGUUUCGACCUUACUCCACCAGUCAUUUGGAAAUGGAGGUCCAAGCUCGGGUCUCUCUGGUCCUGGGAGCUCCCAGCGAGGGCUUAUUGAUAGUAGGGUAGAGUCGGGUUCACUUUCUAGCAUCGGAAAUGGAAUGGGAUUUAAUGCUCCCUCAUCUUCUUAUGUGACAUCAUCAAUAACGGCCAACCCAAUCUCGGUUGGGCAAGUUCAAGGUCAACAGCAAUACGCAACUCCUUCUGGCAGCCAGAUGUUGGGAGAUCAGCAACAAGCACAACAGCUAGAUCCACAGAAUUUCCAGCAUAAUCAGCAGCAGUCGCAGCAGCUUUCUGUUCCGAGUAAUUCGCAACAAUCACAGCAGCCCCAGAUGCAGCAAUUUCAAGGGGCACGACCUGGUUUAGGAGGUGUGGGGCCAGUCAAGAUGGAGCCUCAAACAACCAGUGAGCAAACACCACAGCAACUGCAAGCUUUAAGGAAUCUUAGUUCUGUGAAAUUGGAGCCGCAGCAACUACAAAAUAUUAGAAGCUUGGGUCCUGUCAAGAUGGAUAUGCAGCAUUCAGACCAAGCUUUAUUUUUGCAGCAACAGCAGCAGCAGCUCCUCCUGUCCCGCCAGUCUUCUCAGGCUGCUGCAGCAGCGCAAAUUUUGCAUCAACAGAGGCUAAUGCAAUUUCAGCACCAGCAGCAGCUUUUGAAGGCCAUGCCUCAACAGAGAUCCCCACUACAACCGCAGUUUCAAUCGCAGAGUUUGCCAAUCAGGUCUCCGGUUAAACCAAUCUAUGAACCUGGAAUGUGUGCUCGUCGACUGAUGCAUUACAUGUAUCAACAGCAACACAGACCUGAAGAUAACAGCAUUGAAUUUUGGAGAAAGUUUGUUGCCGAAUACUUUGCACCCAAUGCCAAGAAAAAGUGGUGUGUUUCAAUGUACGGAAGUGGUCGCCAAACCACUGGAGUUUUCCCUCAGGAUGUUUGGCACUGUGAAAUUUGCAACCGCAAACCUGGCCGAGGAUUUGAGGCAACUGCUGAAGUUCUUCCCCGACUCUUCAAAAUAAAAUACGAGAGUGGAACUCUAGAAGAAUUAUUGUAUGUUGAUAUGCCUCGAGAGUAUCAGAAUUCGUCAGGGCAAAUUGUCCUUGACUAUGCAAAAGCUAUACAGGAGAGCGUAUUUGAGCAACUUCGAGUUGUUCGUGAUGGUCAACUUCGAAUAGUAUUCUCUCCUGAUCUCAAGGUAACUGUUGUUUCUUUACUUUUUGGGCUGUUAUUUGCUUGCCCUGCAUGUUUAGUGAAUUCUUGUCAGAUAUGCUCCUGGGAGUUCUGCGCUCGAAGACAUGAGGAGCUCAUUCCAAGAAGGCUUCUUAUUCCGCAGGUUAGCCAACUUGGCGCUGCUGCCCAAAAGUACCAGACUGCUACACAGAAUGCAUCACCCAGUGCUUCUGUUUCUGAGCUUCAAAGCAACUGCAAUAUGUUUGUUGCAUCUGCUCGUCAGUUGGCCAAAUCCUUGGAAGUUCCGUUGGUAAAUGAUUUGGGAUAUACAAAGAGAUACGUGCGAUGCCUUCAGAUAUCAGAAGUGGUGAAUAGCAUGAAAGAUCUUAUUGAUUAUAGCCGUGAAACUGGUGCUGGUCCCAUGGAAAGCUUGGCAAAGUUUCAGCGACAUUCAAAUCCUUCACCUGCGCAUCAAGGUCAAUCUCAGCAACCUGAUAAUCAACAGCAAGAGCAAGCAAUUGGUCAAAACUGCGGCGACAGUUCUGUCCAGGCUGCUGCUAUGCAAGCUCCUUCUACAACUGGCACCCCGAGCGUUAACAAUGCAAUGAACUCAGUGCUUACAACUUCAUCUACGAGCACCAUUGUUGGGCUGCUGCAUCAAAAUUCAAUGAACUCCCGACAGCAGAACCCAAUGUCUAGCGUAAACAGUCCUUAUGGAGGUAAUAAUGUUCAGAUGCCGUCGCCAGGUUCUUCAAACACUAUGCUGCAGUCCCAGGGCCCUCCCUCUUCCUUCCAACCCCACACACCAUCAUCAUCUAACAAUCCACAGCCAACUCCGCACACCACUUUAUCAGGAGCUCAUGUAAACUCAGUGAAUUCUCCAACUGUUUCGAUGCAACAACCUGGUAUUUCUGGUGAUGCAGAUCCAAAUGAUUCACAAAGCUCCGUCCAGAAAAUUAUACAUGAUAUGCUGAUGUCUCCUCAGUUUGGUGGGGGAAGCGCAAUGGGAAUGGGGGCAACUGGCAGCGACAUGAAAAACAUUAACGGAAUGUUGUCAGCGAGCAGUAAUACCGGCGCCAAUGGUAAUAUUCUUGUUGGUACUGGAGUGGCCAAUGGUAACGCAGACCUUGGUGUUUCAAGCAUGGGGAGUAUGAGCAAUGGGCCCGGCGGGCGAUCUGCCAUGGCAAAUGGAAUCAGAGCAGCACUCGGGCAUACCUCGCUGCCCAUAAAUGGGCGAGCCGGCAUGACAAUGGCAAGAGAGCAGGGCAUGAGUUCGCAACAGCAGGAUGUUGGUAGCCAACUGCUCACCGGUCUUGGGGCAGUAAAUGCGUUUAACAGCCUUCAGUUUGAGUGGAAGUCGUCUCCUUGAUAGAAACUAGGGUUUAACCACAGCCCUACUGGCAUGAAACUAGAGCUGUCUGUGCAGCAGUGCAGAAAUGGGGAAUCUGAAAAGCUUGAAUUGCCUAAUGUGAAACGAUGAUGGUCUGUUUAUCGCGCUUGCAGCCUAAUGUACUGAAGUUGUGCUAACAUGAAGAGAGGAGAAGAAGAGACAAGAUGAUGUCCUGGAUUGCGGGAGCUUGUAUGCAUCAGGUCUAACUUUUGGAAUGAGGAAGGCAGAUGGUGCAUCGGCAACGACAACGACUUCACUUGGACAGAUGGGAUGUUCCCCCAAUAUGAGUGUAUAUAGUUUGGAUUGAUUGCCUUGACCUUCUCUCUCUCUCUCUCUCUCUCUCUCUCUCUCUAUAAGCUGAGUUUGUUGUACAAUAUAUCUAACAGCAGUUGAGGAUUUGGUUGCUUGCAAUCGUUUGAUCCAUCCAAUACCAAUAA